AUGGCGAGUGUCGACGACAUUGUAUUUGGUGCACUCUCAGUAGAGGAAAAUGAUUCCACAAACACUGUUAAGGUGAUGGAUGAUGUCUCUUCAAAAAAUAUCGACGAACGGCCGGCUAGACGCAGUCUGAUAUGUAGGGUCUUGGUUCCUAUACUGGUAGAAGGCCCGGCAAAGGCAACCGAUGCCGAAUCCCCCGAGGUUAUCUUGGAAGCCGCACUGAAAUCAGCUACGGUGAAGGGGUUAUGCAAGCCCGGUGAUGCCGCUUCGGUUUUUAAGAUCUGCAUUGUGAAGUUAAAACUUUAUUGUGGAAAAACUUCAUUGUAUGACCGGAGACAUAUCGGUGGAUUUUUAUCUUUAUAUUUCGAGUUAACUACACCGAUGAUCCUUUUUGUUUUUGGUCCACCUGGGAUUUUACGAGGAAUCUUUAUGUACAUGGCUUGUAUGCGUCAUACAGGCACGCCAUGCAAAAACAGAAAUACGGGGUUAUUCCAAAGAGAAAACAAGUCGAACAAUUCACUUCACUCUAAUACUUUAAAGCAUAUCCAUGGCAUAUCCAUUACAUGUUCCGUCUCUUAUGAUGCAAUACAUUAUUUCCUAUACAACAUGUAUUAUAAAUCUACAUCGACUAGGCAAAAAGUUGAAGAGUAUCCUCAAGGUUCAACACUUCACACUUACUUGCCGAUGGCUCCGAAAACCCAUGUAGAAGAUAAACACAAGGAAGAAGAUGAGAAGAUUGUGGAGGCUACUCACAAAGCUUUGCCAUUUUAUAUGCUUUUGAGCUAUGCAGAUGCUCUUGAUUGGACUCUUAUGACGUUAGGGACCUUAGGGUCCAUAAUCCAUGGCAUGGCUCAACCUGUGGGAUACCUUCUGCUCGGAAAAGCUCUCAAUGCGUUCGGGGACAACCUCGGCGACAAUCAUGGCACGGUUAAAGCACUCAAGAAAGUUGUUCCCUUUGUAUGGUACAUGGCUUUUGCUACAUUCCCAGCUGGCAUACUAGAGAUUGGUUGCUGGAUGUAUGCAAGUGAACGACAAAUGGCACGAUUACGGUUAGCAUAUUUGAGAGCAAUGCUUUGCCAGGAGAUUGGAGCCUUUGAUACAGAUAUAACAAGUGGGAAAAUCAUUAGUGGAAUAAGUUAUCACAUGAGUGUCAUACAAGAUGCAAUAGGAGAGAAGCUGGGCCAUUUUCUCUCAAGCUCUGCAACAUUCUUUUGUGGAAUCUUUAUUGCUGUCAUAUGCUGUUGGGAAGUUUCCCUUCUUACCUUGGUGGUUGCCCCUACCAUUCUUGUUAUCGGAGGGACCUAUACUAAGAAAAUGAAUACUAUUUCAGCUACUAAGACGCUUUUCAUAUCGGAAGCUACAUCCAUGGUGGAACAGACUCUCUCUCAAAUAAAAACAGUAUUUGCAUUUGUUGGGGAGAAUUCGGCGAUUAAAUCGUUCUCCAUGAGCUUGGAGAAGCUGUUCUUAUUAAGCAAAGGAGAAGCACUCAUGAAAGGAGUUGGAACCGGCAUGCUGCAAUCUGUGACCUUUUGUGCUUGGGCUCUGAUCAUAUGGAUUGGAGCUCUUGCAGUGACUUCCAGGAAAGCUAAAGGUGGUGACGUUAUCGCCGCUGUGAUGAGCAUUCUCUUCGGUUCCAUAUCACUUACUUUUGCUGCACCAGACAUACAAAUAUUCAAUCAAGCAAAGGCUGCAGGCUACGAGGUUUUCAAGGUGAUUCGAAGAAAGCCAUCUAUAGGCUAUGAUUCAAGGGAGAAGGAUAAAGUUGGGAAGAUCAGGGGAAACAUUGAAAUACUUGAUGUAUACUUUGCUUACCCUUCUCGGCCAGAAAAACUGAUCCUUGAAGGAUUUUCACUGUCAAUUCCAGCAGGAAAGAUGGUUGCUUUAGUAGGCAGCAGUGGUUGUGGAAAGAGUACUGUUAUCUCCUUAGUUGAAAGGUUCUAUGAUCCCUCCAAAGGGGAGAUUCUCAUUGACAAUCAUAACAUCAAGGAUCUCGAUUUGAAGUUCCUCCGAAAGAACAUCGGAGCAGUAUCCCAAGAACCAUCACUCUUUUCUGGAACCAUCAAGGAUAAUAUCAAAGUAGGAAACAUGGAUGCAAGCGAUCAACACGUCCGGGAUGCAGCCAUAAUGGCGAAUGCACAUAGUUUUAUCACUCAACUUCCAAAUCAGUAUUCAACCGAGGUAGGCCAAAAAGGAGUCCAGUUAUCAGGGGGACAGAAACAGAGAAUUGCAAUAGCAAGAGCUAUUCUAAAGAAUCCUCCUAUUCUUUUACUCGACGAGGCAACAAGUGCGCUUGAUUCCGAGUCAGAGAAACUGGUUCAAGACGCCUUGGAGAAGGCUAUGAGAGGGAGGACCGUUAUUCUGAUUGCACAUAGGAUGUCAACCAUUAUCAAUGCUGAUAUAAUUGCAGUUGUGGAGAAUGGACAAGUAACCAAAACCGGAACGCACCGCAGCUUGUUAGACUCUAACAAGUUCUACAAAAAUUUGUUCAGCAUUCAGAACAUCGGACAAGUGCAUGAGUCAAGGGCUACUGAAUUCUCAGAGGAUUUUGUUAGAGCCAAUGAGCAGUUUUCACCACUAGACACAGAGAGAGAGGAGGAAAAAAGAUAUCUCAAGGACUAUCUUAGUGAUUAUUCCGACGAGGGAAAGAAAAGGAGAAAAACCAUGAUUACAUUCUUCAGAAUCUGGUUUGGAUUAGGAAGAAGAGAGCUUGAAAAUAUCGCAACCGGUUCCAUCGCAGCAGCUUUUGCAGGUGUUUCGAAGCCUUUUUUCGGAUUCUUCAUCAUAACAGUGGGACUAGCAUACUACAACAAAGAUGCAAAGACGAUAGUUGGAAGGUAUUCCAUUGCCUUUUCUCUCAUAGGAUUGCUUACUUUAUUCAUGCAUACCCUGCAGCAUUAUUUCUAUGGAGUUGUUGGAGAAAAGGCCAUGGGAAAUCUCAAGCAAGCUCUAUUUUCAGGUAUACUACGAAAUGAAUUAGCAUGGUUCGAGAAACCGGAGAACAAUGUUGGUUCACUUACGUCAAGGGUCGUCAACGACACUUCCAUGGUCAAAACCAUAAUUUCCGAUCGGAUGUCGGUUAUUGUCCAAUGUAUUUCCUCGAUACUGAUCGCAACAGUUGUUAGCUUGAUUGUUAACUGGAGAAUGGCUCUUGUAGCUUGGGCAGUGAUGCCUUGCCACUUCAUUGGCGGACUCAUUCAGGCCAAAUCUACCAAAGGAUUUGCCGGUGACUCUGCUGCUAGCCACGAUGAAGUUGUCGCCCUUGCUUCCGAGUCCGCCACCAAUAUACAAACCAUUGCAUCGUUUUGCUAUGAAGAACACAUAAUGAGGAAAGCCAGGAUGUCCCUGGAAGAGCCAAUGAAAAGGAGCAGGAAAGAAAGUAUCAAGUAUGGGAUCAUUCAAGGCUUUUCCCUUUGUUUAUGGAACAUUGCUCAUGCUGUUGCUUUAUGGUAUACAACGGUUUUGAUUAGUAAAAACCAAGCUCGGUUCGAAGACGGUAUAAGAUCUUACCAGAUUUUCUCCCUCACAGUACCUUCAAUCACUGAACUAUGGACAUUGAUCCCAGCAGUCAUUUCCGCAAUCAAUGUACUGACUCCUGUAUUCGAGACCCUUGACCGCAGAACCGAAAUCGAACCUGAUUCACCAGAGGAUACACAUCAACAGAAGAUCAAAGGGAAAAUCGAAUUCCAAAACGUUGUAUUUAACUAUCCUUUAAGGCCAGAAGUGACUGUCCUCAACAAAUUCAGUUUGCAAAUUGAACCAGGGACAAAAGUAGCACUUGUUGGACCAAGUGGAGCUGGAAAAUCAUCUGUGCUAGCCAUUUUACUAAGAUUCUACGAUCCGAACCAGGGAAGGGUUCUCAUGGAUGAUAAGAACAUAAAGGAAUAUAAUCUAAGGACAUUAAGGAGACAAAUUGGAUUGGUGCAACAGGAGCCACUUCUUUUCAGCUCCUCAAUAAGAGACAACAUCUGCUAUGGGACCAUACAUGCUUCCGAGGCCGAAAUCAUGGAGGUAUCAAGGGAAGCAAACAUACAUGAGUUCAUAAGCAACUUGCCUGAUGGAUAUAACACACUUGUUGGGGAAAAGGGGUGCCAACUUUCAGGUGGGCAAAAGCAAAGGAUAGCCAUUGCUAGAACCUUACUAAAGAGGCCUGCAAUCUUGCUUCUUGAUGAAGCAACAAGUGCACUCGAUUCGGAAUCCGAAAGAACCAUAGUAAAAGCCCUGGAGUCGGUGGAUGAAAGAAAGGGUAAGUUUGGGUUCAUUUCAAGUCCAACACAGAUUACAGUGGCACAUAGAUUAUCCACAGUAGUGAACUCGGAUGUGAUUGUUGUGAUGGAUAAAGGGAAGAUUGUGGAGAUUGGUUCACACUCAACACUCGUAUCUGUAAGUGAUGGUGUCUAUUCAAGAUUGUUCAAUAUCCAGAAUGCGAGUACAAAAUCCCACUAAAACAACUCUUUUUUAUUCUCAAACCCUAAGCCUUCUUUGUAAUCAU